UCUCAGAUCCAGGCCCUGGAGGAUAGCUGGCCAGCAGCAGGUCUGGGGCCCGGGCAUGCUCGCCAUGUGCUGCGCAGCCUGGUAAACCAGAGUGUCCAGGAUGGUGAGGAGCAGGUACGCAGGCUUGGGCCCCUCGCCUGUUUCCUGAGCCCUGAGGAGCUGCAGAGCCUAGUGCCCCUGAGUGAUCCGAUGGGGCCAGUAGAACGGGGGCUGCUGGAAUGUGCAGCCAACGGGACCCUCAGCCCGGAAGGACGGGUGGCAUAUGAACUUCUGGGGGUGUUGCGCUCAUCUGGAGGUGCGGUGCUGAGCCCCCGGGAGCUGCAGGUCUGGGCCCCUCUCUUCCCUCAGCUGGGCCUCCGCUUCCUGCAGGAGUUGUCAGAGCCCCAGCUUAGAGCCAUGCUUCCUGUCCUGCAGGGAGCUAGUGUUACACCUGCUCAGGCUGUCCUGCUGCUUGGACGGCUCCUUCCUAGGCACGAUCUAUCCCUGGAGGAACUCUGCUCCUUGCAUCUUCUGCUGCCGGGCCUCAGCCCCCAGACACUCCAGGCCAUCCCUAGGCGAGUCCUGGUUGGGGCUUGUUCCUGCCUGGCCCCUGAACUGUCACGCCUCUCAGCCUGCCAGACCGCAGCACUGCUGCAGACCUUUCGGGUUAAAGAUGGCGUUAAAAAUAUGGGUACAACAGGUGCUGGUCCAGCUGUGUGUGUCCCUGGUCAGCCUGUUCCCACCACCUGGCCAGACUGCCUGCUUCCCCUGCUCCCAUUAAAGCUGCUACAACUGGAUUCCUUGGCUCUUCUGGCAAACCGAAGACACUACCGGGAGCUGCCCUGGUCUGAGCAGCAGGCACAGUUUCUCUGGAAGAAGAUGCAAGUACCCACCAACCUGACCCUCAGGAAUCUACAAGCUCUGGGCACCCUGGCAGGGGGCAUGUCCUGUGAGUUUCUGCAGCAGAUCAACUCCAUGGUAGACUUCCUUGAAGUGGUGCACAUGAUCUAUCAGCUGCCCACUAGAGUUCGAGGGAGCCUGAGGGCCUGUAUCUGGGCAGAGCUACAGCGGAGGAUGGCAAUGCCAGAACCAGAAUGGACAACUCUAGGGCCAGAACUGAAUGGGCUGGAUAGCAAGCUACUCCUGGACUUACCAAUCCAGUUGAUGGACAGACUAUCCAAUGAAUCCAUUAUGUUGGUGGUGGAGCUGGUGCAAAGAGCUCCAGAGCAGCUGCUGGCACUGACCCCACUCCACCAGGCAGCCCUGGCAGAGAGGGCACUACAAAACCUGGCUCCAAAGGAGACUCCACUCUCAGGGGAAGUGCUGGAGACCUUAGGCCCUUUGGUUGGAUUCCUGGGGAUAGAGAGCACACGACAGAUCCCCCUACAGAUCCUGCUGUCCCAUCUCAGUCAGCUGCAAGGUUUCUGCCUAGGAGAGACAUUUGCCACAGAGCUGGGAUGGCUGCUAUUGCAGGAGUCUGUUCUUGGGAAACCAGAGUUGUGGAGCCAGGAUGAAGUAGAGCAAGCUGGAUGCCUAGUGUUCACUCUGUCUACUGAGGCAAUUUCCUUGAUCCCCAGGGAGGCCUUGGGUCCAGAGACCCUGGAGCGGCUUCUAGAAAAGCAGCAGAGCUGGGAGCAGAGCAGAAUUGGACAGCUGUGUAGGGGGCCACAGCUGGCUGCCAAGAAAGCAGCCCUGGUAGCAGGGGUUGUGCGACCAGCUGCUGAGGAUCUUCCAGAACCUGUGCCAAAUUGUGCAGAUGUACGAGGGACAUUCCCAGCAGCCUGGUCUGCAACCCAGAUUGCAGAGAUGAAGCUCUCAGACUUUGAGGACUGCCUGACACUAUUUGCAGGGGACCCAGGACUUGGGCCUGAGGAACUGCAGGCAGCCAUGGGCAAAGCAAAACAGUUGUGGGGUCCCCCCCUUCGUCCUGAGCAGAUCCUGCAGCCGCUCCGCGUUGUGGUCUCCAGUUUCCUACGGCAGAGUGGUGGCAUGUGGAGCACCUGGACUUCAUUCAUCGACAGCGCUGGGUUUACGCUCUGUGAUGCGGCCAGAGGAGCUCCACAGCACAUCAGCAGUUGGAAGUUUAGGUCACUUGUAAGGGCUGUGGGUGGUGGUGCUGAGGUAAAGGUGGACUUACUGGGAAAGAAGGAUCAUGAAGCCAAGCAGCUCUCUUCCUGGGCACCCUGCAUCUCCAGUGCUCUGAAGAACAACUGGAGGUUCUGGCCCACCCUCCUUGUACUGCCUGGUGGCUUUGGCCCAAUCAGUAACUGGGGGCCUGAGAUCUUCACUGAAAUUGGCACCAUAGACAGGUGGGGAGCUGGGCUACUGCUGGUGCAAGUUGCUGGGAUCCCAGACCUGGCUCUUCCAGCACUGCUGCAGGGACAGAUCCAGGGCCUUACUCCUCUUGCCAUUUCUGUCAUCCCUCCUCCUAAAUUUGCUGUGGUGUUUAGUCACCAACUAUCUAGUCUCACCAGUGCUCAGGCUGUGGCUGUCACUCCUGAGCAAAUGGCCUUUCUGAGUCCUGAGCAGCGACGAGCAGUUGCAUGGGCCCAGCAUGAGGGCAAGGAGAGCCCGGAACAGCAAGGUCGAAGUACAGCCUGGGGCCUCCAGGACUGGUCACGACCUUCCUGGUCCCUGGUAUUGACUAUCAGCUUCCUUGGCCACCUGCUCUGAGCCUGUCUCUACAGUAGAAGGAGAUUGUGGGGAGAGAAAUCUUAAGUCAUAAUGAAUAA